CGCCGUCGCUUCCCUUUCCUCGGCUCCGCUAGGAGAGUUAGACCGCGGCCCGGCGUCGCGGGGGCCGAGCGGACAGCGGGCCGGCGGCAUUCCCUUGGCUCAGCGCUCACGAGGCCAGGCUGAUUGGCAGGACUAAGUGGAAUUCUUCAAAAUGUCAGGUGUCAUCCCCACAGCCCCUGAGCAGCCUGCAGAGGAGAAGUCUCCCAGUCAAAGGCCUGAUGCGCCUCCUGACUACAAUUCCCAUUUUGUACCAGGACCCCCUGGACCAGCUGUCGCUCCACCUGCAGGCUACGCGGGAGGCUGGCCAGUGGGAUACCACAGUCCGCAGCAGCCCAGUACCUUCUUCCCGUACCGGCCAGCUGUUGCUGCCCAUCCCACCCAGUACCAGCCCGGCAAAUACCAAAUGCCAAAUCAGCCUGUUCCAAUAACAUGGAUGCCAGGGCCACCUCCUAUACCAAACUGCCCUCCUGGUCUGGAGUACUUAACCCAGCUGGACACCAUACACGUCCUCCAGCAUUUUGAGCCUCUGGAAAUGAUCACAUCUUUUGAAACUAAUAAUGGAUAUGACGUUAAAAACAACCUGGACCAGAUGGUUUACGUUGUAAAUGAAGACACAGACGACUUUACCAGAAAUGCUUAUCGGACACUAAGGCCCUUCGUCCUCCGAGUCACUGACUGUAUGGGCCGAGAAAUCAUGACCAUGCAGAGGCCUUUCAGAUGCACCUGCUGUUGCUUCUGUUGUCCCUCCACCAGGCAAGAGCUGGAGGUACAGUGUCCUCCCGGUGUCACCAUUGGCUUUGUUGCAGAACACUGGAACCUGUGCAGGGCAGUGUACAGCAUCCAGAAUGAGAAGAAAGAAAAUGUGAUGCGAGUACGUGGACCAUGUUCAACCUAUGGCUGUGGCUCAGAUUCUGUUUUCGAGGUCAAAUCCCUAGAUGGCGUAUCCAACAUUGGCAGUAUUAUUAGGAAGUGGAAUGGUCUUUUAUCAGCAAUGGCUGAUGCUGAUCAGUUUGAAAUUCACUUCCCAUUAGACAUGGAUGUGAAGAUGAAAGCCAUGAUUUUUGGAGCCUGCUUCCUCAUUGACUUCAUGUAUUUUGAAAGAUCACCAAGACGUUCAUCAAGAUAGAUGGACACAGCAAACCAGCAAUUAUGGUUAAUUAAAAAAAAAAUUAGAAAAGUUGGAACGGGCCUACAAUCCCCUGAAUUAUUUUCAAAUAUAUGUAUCUGCUGUUGCAGACUAUUUUUACUGGGUAUUAGCUCUGACAGGUAGGCUAAGUGUGUUAGGGCAAGAACACAAUCUAAACAUGUGUUUUAAUUGGUUAUCUGUCUACUUGGUCGACUAGUAGUUCACCUUGAAAAAGCUAUGACUCAUUAACCAAGUAAACAUAAUACAAUGAGCUUGAAAACACUUUACUAUGAGAUAAGGGAAAAUGAAUUCCAGGGCUCUCACAGUAAUAGGUCAUGAAACGGUGAGCUUUUUAGCAGUCUUUGAGGUAGAGUAAAAUAGCUUUUAUCCCCAACCCACUCCUACCUCUCCUCUUCAUCAACUUGUUCUGUUACUGAAGACAAAUUUGAUUCCAGGAGAAAAGAAUGAUGCUCUUGAUCUUUAAAAACAAAAAGGAAGGCAGGCAGAAAUACUAUGCAUUAUUGUAUGAGGAAAAUUUACUUGUGCAUAUGUAUCAAGACUUUGUUUUGCAAGUUUCUAAGUCUCAAUGGGUAUUUUGAUUUUAUUACCAAAUAAAAUAUAUUUUUUUUAAUCAUAAGGUUUGUAUUUUCCACACCUAUUCCCUCAUUCACUAAUGUGGUCUAUCAGGACCUGCCUGGACAUGGAGUCAGGGUCAGAUUGUCAGGAAAAGAGCUGACAAGGGCCACAGCCAGUCUGCAUCUCUGAGCAACUCAGAGAUUUCAGUGCCUUUAUAAGGAGCUUGCAUUUAAUCCAUUUAAUCUCUCGUGGUCUCAGGUGCCUUAUAUAUAAACUAUGUUUGGUCAAUCUCUAGGAUUGCCUAUUGAACCCUUGUAUCUCAUUGGAUGUGACAGAGAGGAGAUAAUUUUUCUCUUUCUUUCAAGAUCACUGAUAAUCACCAUGUUUUUUCUAAUUGUAAGAGUUGAUACAGCGUUUCUAUUUUGAAAUGUGGCAUUCUGUGUAGCACUUUGUAAAAGCAAAACUACAAAUUUUGACAUUGUUUAAUAUUUUUUAGCUGCUUUUUUAUUUAGAUGGUAGAUAAAUCUGCCUGUACAAAGAAAAUGAUAAAACUUCGCUGUGAACUAUAGCUUAACAGUAAAAUUAUGUAGGAUCAACAUUGUUAAAGUAUAAAUGUACUUGUUGUUAUUACCUAGUUAAGAGCACAGUGUAUUGGUGAAUAGACGCUGAUGAAUCAACCUGUGUCUUUUAUAUUCUACCUUCCUAUCUGGACAUGGACUGUUUUUUCAUCACAGCCAGUAUGUAGAAUGAAAUGUAUUCUUCUCCUUGUUAAAUGAAUAAAGACUGAGUGUUCUCUGAUGGGAUUAUUUGGAGAUGAGGGCCUUUGCCCAAAGUUCUUAUUAAAGUCAAAGAAAGGUGCUUCAUUUUUAAAUUAUAUUUGUCUUUUCAUGGUAAAGUUGUUUUACCCAGUUUCUUAUAAUUUCUAUAUUUAGAUGCUACUACUAGCUUUUUUUAAAUGUAAAACUGCUACUUUUCUAAAAAGUAUAAUUACCUUAUAUUUGAAAAUGCAAUUGCAGUCUUAAACAUAUAUAUUAUUUCUUAUAAUAAUAUCUGACAUUUUGUAUAGCAAAUGAGACAAUAACAUUGAGAAAAUUUAUCUAUAUACACUUCAUUUUUACUUGCCCGCAUCCCUACAUCCCAAGAACUGCUGCAUAAUGCUAAGAAAAAAUUAUUUAACAUAUGACAUUUUCAAUUUCUGUUCAAAGUUUUCAUGCUACUAAGUUGUCUCUUACAGUUGUAAUCCAUCUUCUUUAAAAGUAGUGAUGUGUCUUAUAUUUUUAUACUAUGGUUCAUAUUAAAAUUUCCAUAUUUCUUAAUGGUAUUUCAUUGUGUAA